UCACUUCUUUCUAUCAACAGCCACCUGCUCCCGAAAUCUCACUAUGGCUUGCCACAACUACUGCUCAGGAAACUACAGCUUGGGAUCCCUCAGAAAUCCUUGUCAUAUCCCUCUCUCCUCAUCCAUUGCCCUCUGCUCUACAAAUGUGAGUGGUGGCGAUGUCCUUUGCGUGCCCAGUAGCUGUCAAGACCAUACCUGGAUCCUGAACAAUGGCCAAGAGACCUGCAGUGAACCUGCCAGCUGCCAGCCAGCCAGCUGUGAGCCCAGCAACUGUGAGACUUCCAGCUGCCCUUCCACUGCGUGCUACGUGCCCAGACCCUGCCGAGGAAUCAGUCUUCUUCCUGUAACUCACACCUCUGGCUCCUGCCUCUCAGUAUCCAGUAGACCUCUGAACUACGUGUUUGGCAGCGGCCGGCCCCUGAGCCUCCUCACUCGUGGAUACCGCCCCCAGGGCUGUUUGCCCUGUGGUCCUCACCACCUUAGCGUUGUGUCCGGCAGCCUCAGACCUCUGUGUCCCGUUUUUGGCGGAUGCCAGCCUCUGACACAUGUAGUCAGUACUUGUCAUCCAUCUUGCUCUUCCUGGGGAGGCCAGUAGCUUCCUUGUUCCAGCUAAUGAUCCACCUGAGGGCCCAAGACAAAAACGCAAACUCCAUGGACUUUUGCUUCUUUCCUAGUCCUGACUGCUUUUUCUUGAUUGUCCUGUGCCUGAUCCAAAGAAAGCUGCUCCUUUCACAUUUUAAUCUUUGUUUCCUCUCUCCUUAAGGUAAAAUGAUUUGGUUUACAAUGCUAUUCAAUGCCACUCAGGUGUGGAAAGAAUGUAUUCGGUGUGGGUUGCAAUAAAUGAGUUUCAUUCAGAAUUAA